GUUUAGGGCUAUAUAUAAAGCUGUGGAUAUUUUCAAGAAACACUUUAUUCCAGAAACGCUUUCGUUAAGAAAAGAUCAAAGAAGUUAAACCAUGGCAAUCGUGUGGGCAGCGCUCCUUUUGUCCGGCAUCGUAUGUACAAGUUCCCAGUACAUUUAUUCGAAAGAUCGUUGUGCCAGUAAUGGAGAGACAAUGAUGCAGAUUCGAGAUCUUGUGAUCCAGCAGGGGAGGAUCCAAGAAAUGGUUGAUUCCCUCAGGCGUAUGGUGAAGAAACUUGAAGAAGAUGUCACCAAGACCCAUGAAAAUGCUAGAAUUGUCAGGAAAGAGCUAAACAAAUAUAAAGAUUGCAAGAACCUCUAUAUCUAUGGUAAUACAGAAUCUGGUGUGUAUGAGAUCUAUCCAUUUGGUAAUAACAGCAAGGUCAGCGUCUUCUGUGACAUGAUGACAGAAGGUGGAGGGUGGACAGCUAUCCAGAGACGUGUGAGUGGUUCAGUGUCAUUCGACAGAAACUGGACAGACUACAAAACGGGAUUCGGGAAUCCUAACGGAUCCUACUGGAUAGGAAAUGACGUCAUACAUCAACUUACCAAGAGAAGGAACUCCUCCCUCUACGUAUCUAUCACACUGACCAAUGGGACAAAGCUCUAUGAAUUAUACAACCAGUUCUCUGUUGCUGACGAAACCAACAGCUACCAACUUUUUCUUGGCGGACCAGCAACCGGGACCCUGGGGGACUCUAUGUUACACACUGGUUCUCCUUAUAACUACGAUCUGUCUGGGAUGUACUUCUCCACCCCGGACAGAGAUAACGACGGGUUUCCUAGAAACUGUGCUGCUCUCAGUAAUAUUAGAGGAGGCUGGUGGUUUAACAGCUGUCAUCUUGCCUUCCUUAACGGUCCCUGGUCCCCGGAGUCCUGGACCUUCCCAUGGUAUCCUACAGUGACUAAUGGUAAACAGAUAAAAGAAACUCUCAUGAUGAUUAAACCUCACUGACUUUUUACACCUUUAUAUCCAUACUUGUUCACGCAUAAUAUGAAAAGUUACAUACUUUUAUUAUAGAUCAUGAAAACUUUAUUUUUAGACAUAAGGGUGGUUUCUAUAAUAUAUACAUUGUAACAAACAUAUAGAUAUAAUGUUAUUAUGUGUAAUGAAUCUAUUGAAAAGUCUUAAUAUGUAUUAUGUUUAAGAUCGUGUUGUACAUGUAAUAUUCAUUACUAAAAAAAAAAAAAGAAAAUCGCAUUAACUAUUGUUACAUAAUAAAAGUUUUGUUUUUAUUUUAUCAAUUGUCGUUUUAUAAUUAAUAGUCUAAUGAUACAAAGUAUGUGAACAACAAAGACAAUGUUUUUUUUAAUACAUUCCUUGAAUUUCAACUGAUCCCCGUGAAAGGUCACAUAACUGGGUAGAAGUAGUAUCCAUCAGUCUGUCAUCUCCGUACAUGUGUGUUGAUAAUUAGAAUUUCAUUCUGUUACAGUUUAUAAAUGACGUAGAGAUGAUAAUUACGUAAAUUUUAUUUUCAAACACCAAUAUUACUCGUUACUUUUUCGUGUAUUUCAUAUAUACACUGUGUGAAAAAGGCUGCAUGUAAUGCCAAACCAAUGAAUGGGAAAACAAAGUAUUAUAUGAUGACUUUUUAUGACAUUAACGUUGAAGGCCUUGACAGAGUAACGUCAUCAGCGAAAAUCAAAUUUCCCGCUCUUCUUGAGCAGUUUGAAGUUUUAUAAGCCACCUUUAGAAACCUUAACGUCACACUGAAAUAUAUUUGAGUCUUUUAGACAAAAAUGCUACAGAUC